AUGCCUACCGCUGUGGCCCAUUCGCAUAGGCCAACCACCAAGGUUUCUCAUAAGCCCUUCAAGUCAAAGGCCGCUUCCAAGCACGAGCUGCGAGACCGUGCCAAGGGCCGAGUUCCCAACGAAAAAGGAUCGCGCAAGACCCCCCACCAGCAAGUCAUGUCCAAGUUCGACCGACGCAACCAGGCCAAGCAGGCCCGCCUCACCAAACACAAGGAGCACCUCAAGAGUUCUUCGGUCUUCAACAGCCGUGAGGGGGCCCCCAGAAUCGUUGCUGUUCUCCCUCUCUGCCCCGAUGGCGACGCCGCCGCUGCUAUCCAGCAACUCAACGGCAGCUUAGACAUCACCGCCGAUGUACAGCCCGGCAGCUUUCGAGUCCCCGUCGAUCGCUUCAAACAGAAGCUUCAGUAUAUUCCCCUACAGCGCGACCUUACCCAGUGUCUCGAUGCCACCCGUGUUGCCGACUUUGUCGUCGUUGUGCUCUCUGCCUCAGUCGAGGUCGACCCCCUCGGCGAGCUUAUAUUGCGUGCAGUCGAGAGUCAGGGUCUCUCUACCCUGUUCACCGUCGUUCAGGGUCUCGACAAAAUCGAACCUGCCAAGCAGCGCCCAGGCGUUGUCAGUUCUCUCAAGUCGUUCAUCACGCAUUUCCACCCCGAGCAGGAAAAGGUCUUCAGCCUCGAAAAUAGACAAGAAUGCGCCAAUUUAAUGCGCUCACUAUGCAACACAACGCCCAAGGGUGUGCGGUGGAGGGAUGAGCGGAGCUGGAUGCUUGCUGAUGAUAUCCAGUUUGCCAAUGCAGACUCUGACGCUACUGUCAUAACAGGCGUUGUUCGUGGCCGUGGUCUCAAAGCUGACAGGCUGGUGCAAGUCGGGGACUGGGGUACUUUUCAAAUUGAAAAGAUUGUGGCUGCGCCACUCGCCAAACACGGCAAGGCCAACGCUACACAAUCUGCUGAAGAAGAGGCUAGCCAGGUGUUGGAGGAACCCAGCGACGAUCGGGACGACUUAAAUGAGCUGGCUCCCGAGGACGUCGCUAUGGACGCCGAGGAGGAGCCUGAGGAUCUUUCCGGUGCUCCCAAGAAGGGUGUCCUGCUCGACGACCACCACUACUUUUCCGAUGGUGAGGAGGAGAGGGAAGAGCAAGCAAAGAGAAAGGUGCCUAAGGGAACGUCCAAGUACCAGUCGGCCUGGUACCUGGAGGACGUGUCCGACUCCGAGUCAGACAUGGAAGAUAUGGAGAUGGAAGAUGCCCACGCUGCCGAGUACGAAGCCGCGCCGGAAGACGGCAUCGAAGGCUACGCUCAGCCCGAGCCCACCGAAGCCGGCCCCUCCGAGUAUCCCCAGUCCGAGAUGAUGGAGGAGCUGGACGAGGCGGCCGACGCCGAGCAGCUGGCCCAUUACCGCUCCCAGAAGCGCAACGAGGUCGAAGAUGACAAGGAGUUCCCUGACGAGGUUGAGUUGCACCCGCACGUGCUUGCCCGCGAGCGACUGGCCCGCUACCGCGGUCUCAAGAGCCUGCGCACCAGCGCCUGGCAGGAGGACGAGGACCGCGCCCACGAGCCUGAGGACUGGCGCCGCCUGCUGCAGAUUCCCGACUACGGCUCAUCCAAGUCGCGCGCCGUCCGCGAGGCCCUCGUCGGCGGCGUCGAGCCCGGCACACGCGUGCAAGUCUUUAUCAAGGGCAUGUCCCCCGCUCUGGCGCAGUCUUUUACGCCCUCGUCCAUUGUCACGCUGUUUUCGCUGUUCCGCCACGAGAACAAGAAGACGGCUGUCAACUACCUCUUCAACCUGAGCUCCGACUACGGCCACUCGGUCAAGUCCAAGGAGGAGCUCAUUGUCCAGUGCGGGCCGCGCCGCAUGGUCAUCAACCCGCUAUUCUCACAGGCGGGCACCACGCCCAACGACGUGCACAAGUACGCGCGCUUCCUGCACCCCGGCGGCACCGCCGUCGCCACGUUCCUGGGCCCCGUCACAUGGGGCGCGGUCCCCGUCCUCUUCUUCAAGCGCACUGCGCCUGACGCCGCUUCUGAUGAGGGCGACGGUCCGAGCAGCCCCGGCCUGACGCUCGUCGGCACCGGCACCGCGCUGCCGCCGUCGACGAGCCGCGUCGUCGCCAAGCGCAUCAUCCUCACCGGCCACCCGUACCACAUCAACAAGAAGAUUGUCACCAUCCGCUACAUGUUCUUCAACCGCGAGGACGUUGAGUGGUUCAAGGCCAUGCCGUUGUGGACGAGGCGCGGCCGCAGCGGAUACAUCAAGGAGCCGCUCGGCACGCACGGCUACUUCAAGGCCACGUUUGACGGGCGCAUCAACCCGCAGGACUCCAUCGGCGUCAGUUUGUACAAGAGGGUGUGGCCGCGCAAUGCUAGGCCGGUCCGCGGGCCUCUGCUGGAGGCUGGCGGCGAUGUGGCGGGUGCCGUCGAGGCUGAUGGCGACUUGACCAUGGCGUGA